AUGCUGAUGUCAGAUGAUAAUAGAAACUUGAUGCAUAAUCUGGAGACUAGAAUUAAAAGUUUCGAAAGUUCAGUUACGAUCAAUAAGAAGAAGGUAAGAUGGAGAUUCACUGUUAUACCUGGGAAAUCGUUAGCAAGACUUGGGUUUUAUUAUAGUCCUUGCAAAAAUAAAGAUACCAAUAAGCUUGACAAUUCAGCUAUAACGUGUGUUUAUUGUAAAAAAAUUUUGUUUAAUAUUGCUUCUUGUAAGUCAAAAAAAAGGAAUACAUUAGAGACCAUUAUCAACAUAUUGCAGGCUCAUUUAACUACAAAUGAAGAUACAAAUUGUUUAUCCGCUCAUCUGCGAUUAUUAUUAAUGAAAAGAUAUCAAUUAUCAAAGAAUAAACUAAUCAGUAAUGUGGAUUGGAAAAAUGAUAAAUUCUUUAAUGAUCCAUUGAGUAUUGAAACACUUGAAUUUAGGAAAUUCACAUAUAAUAAUGAUUGGAAAUAUAAUGACAAGGAUGUACAGAAUCUCAGUAUAACUAAGCUGGCAGAAGCAGGUUUAAUGCUUUAUGAUAGAUUUUUAACCAAUUUUGAAGAAGACACUACUGUCGAAGAUAUUGACGAUGUCAAUGGAGAUUUUUGCUACUGUAUCUACUGCAAUAAUAUAAUAGGAUCAUGGCAGGAAGAUGAUGAUCCAUUAGAAGAACAUUUUAAAUCAUCAAAAGGGCCGUCUUGUUAUUUUUUUAAAUGCUUAGAGAGUAGCAAUCAACAUAAAUCAAUUGUAGAAGAAUUGAGAAAAAAACAUAAAGUUACAAAUAAUGAUGAAAGAUAUUCCGAUGACGAAAAGCUUCUGGAAAGCGUUGCUCCGGCUAAAAAGAAGAUAAAACUCACGAAAAGGACCACUAAAAUGUUAUCUAACUCUUCAGAAGAAGAAGAAGCUUUAGCAAUAACGAAAGAGCCUGAUACGUCAUUGAUCAUAAAUGUUAAGGAACAUAUCAAGAGAGGAAAAAUACAACAAAAAGAAUUAAAAAACAAGAUUUUAGAUGAUAGUGUAGAUGACUUGAGUUUUAGUAAUGUUGGUAAUGAAUCGUUUUCAUUACCUGCACCAAUAUCACCUUCUAAGAUAUUACAGAACGAGUCAUCUCCUUCUCAUCCACUUAAAGGCAAAACUAGCAUGACGUUUAACGCUCUUUUGAAGUCACCUUUGGUAUCACCUUCUAAAAGUUCGUCGUCAUUUAACGAAUCUCUUCAUAUAUCGAAACGUAUCAGAAAACAUGCAUCGACAGUUAUUCAAGUACCUAAUCUAGAGGAUAUAAAUUUAUCUUAUUCAUUAAGCUCCGAUGAAUAUACAUCCUCUUCUGACUUAUCGACUGUUUCCACUCCUAUAAAUAGUCCUUCAAAAAGUAAAAUUAAAGACAACAGCUUGGAAGGUGCAUCAGAUAGGUUUUCUAUAGAGCCUGUUGAUCUGAAGAACGACCACAAUACUAAUAUUCUAACUAAAGAAGUAGAAAAAGUGAUUUCUGUAUCUUCUUUUCAAAUUAAAAAUUCUAAGAAUUAUCACAACAAUGUUAAAGAAUAUUCCUCUUUAUCAGAAGACUCUGAUGUAAAUAUCUCCUUGGUUGACACAGGAAAACUUAUUUUAGAAACAAAAGUAAAAUCGAAAGAAAGUAAUAGUACAUCGAAAGAAGAGAGUAGUAAUGCACAUGGUGAUAAAAACAAUGGACAGGCCCAAUAUAGUGACCGUGAUAGAAAUACUGAUCAAAAACUUAAUGUAAAUAACAGUUUACGUCUGAAAGAAGACACUAUUGAAAAUGAAAACAGAUCGAAUAACUCAAUAGAUAAGGAUACAGGCCCUGAUCUAAACAAAGUUAAGGAUAUCAUUCUUAUGGACGAUGAUUUACAUGAUAUAAGUAAUAUUGAACUUGAUCUUAAUCAUUCUACCCCUAAGGUCACAAAAAAAGAUAUUUUAAUAAGUGACAUUAAACAACCUCGAAUUUUAGAACAUGACACUAAAUAUUCUCAAUCUCCUUCAGAAAAAUCAAACAAACCUUUCAACACACAAUCUCAAACAAAAUUACCUUCUCCAAUAAAAUAUAUUCAUGAGCAAAGCACUCCACUCCUUACGAAAACAUCUGAUAAAAAUAUGGACAAACAUCAUAUCUCAAGUUUAAGUGUUUCUAAUUCUCCUGAUAUUAACUUUACUAAGUCCUUAAUUUUAGAAGAAGGCUCAAGAUUAGAUAAUAUAUCUGAUAAUGACCACCCAGCUACAAUUAAAAACAUUACAAAUGAAGAAGAUGUUCAGAAAUCAGUCGAGGUACCAAUUAUAUCUAAAAACUUUUCAAAAGGUACAAUCGAAACAUAUUCCAAAAUCACUAACCAUGAUAAAGAUUUUGAAAUAGUGAAGGAAUACUUCCAAAGUUUAUUAAAAUAUGUUAAUGUAAAUGAUGCACAUUUGGCAAAUGACAUCAAUGGAGAUUUAAGGUUUUUCUAUAAUCAAAUACCUAAAGAGGAACUUGAAUUAACAUUCGAUUCUUGGAUUGACUUGAAAUUGGCAACAAUAAGAGAAGACUUUAACAAACGUACUGAACAAAAGUUAACUAUAAUGAAGGAUGAAUUUAGACAUAUAAAACAAAAAAUUGACUCAUGUGAUGAUGAUGCUACAUUACUAGAGAUUAGUAAACAAUUUGGCAUCUUGUAA